AUGGCCGCCGAACUCCCAUACAACAAAACCCUCGCCUUUGUAGUCGCCACACGGAUAGCAUCGAUACUCUCGGUCGUGGGAUCCAGUAUCAUUGUCAGCACAUUCAUCUCCCUUACCUUUUUCCGAAAACCAAUCAACCGCCUAGUCUUCUACGCCACGCUAGGCAAUAUUCUCACAAAUGUCGCAACACUAAUGUCGAACUCGGUGUUACCAGCACCGGGUGAACCGGCAUCUGGCCUGUGUGAAUUCCAAGGCCUUCUCAUCCAAUGGUUCAUGGUUGCUGAUUCCUUCUGGGUUCUUUGCAUGGCCACAAACGUCUUCCUCGUCUUCUUUUACGGUUAUGACGCGCAGCAACUGCGCCAUUUGGAGAAAUGGUAUUUUGCUUUUAGCUACGGUAUUCCGUGUAUACCGGUUAUAGCUUAUGUCGUGCUUAGCCGAACUGGCCAUCCCGUUAUAGGUUCUGCGACGCUAUGGUGCUGGGUAUCUGUUGAUGUUGAGUGGAUGCGCAUAGCAUUCUUCUAUGUUCCUGCGUGGUGGGUUCCUGUCCUCUCUCAGAUGCUUGCUUAUAAGUUACUGAUAGGAGCUGUAAAGGGUCACGAUUUUGGCGGCUAUCACCAUUUACAGUGUGACGGGAUUGAGUGCGAUAUCCAGCACCAAGGUGAUAGGUUCAGGAGUGUCUCUCCGGAUCCAGAUUGCAUUUCGAUCAACUCCUUCUCGAGCACGCAGAGACUUUCCAGGAUCCGUAGACCCGAUGAGCUGAUUUCAGGCCCGCUCCACGAUGCUUCUCCGACCCGGAUUUCCAGAUUGCUAAUUGAGGACGUGGAAGCGCAACUCCACUUUCACCACACCCCACCAUCACGAAGCAGCUACAGAGCAACGAUGAUUGCCACAAGCCCACCUCCAGAACCCAUGGACGUACUGCCAACAGCGAUAUCAAAACCCCGACCUGCAGCUAAAAGAACACUAGAUGGCCAUGCUGCAGCAAUGGCAUACUUAUACGUUGCCUUCCUCAUGUUCUUAGCGUUAUUUGUUGUCUGGCUGCCCAGCAGUAUAAACCGCAUGUACCAAUUCACGCACAAAGACCGGCCCAACUUUGCUCUGAAUAUUCUUUCCGCGACGGUCCUGCCGCUUCAAGGUGCCUGGAACGCAAUCAUUUAUAUCUUCACUACAAGAGCAGAGUGUAGGCGUGCGUGGAGCAUGGUAGUUGAAAAGAUCACAGGCAGGUAUGCGCAAUAUCAACCAUGGAGAGAGGUGAGUGUCAAAGAGAUGACGGUGAGUUCGCAGCUAACACAGGAAUCGGCUGUGGAUGUUGAGAUGAGCGAUAUCUUCGGGCACGAUAUGCAGGCACGCCAGAUCAAGUCGCCGAAAAACAAUCACGUGAAAGAUAAUGAUCGAUGUAGCAAACAGAUAUCGAGAUGA